UUGAUCUUUGGGUUUUUUUCUUUCUUGUUUCUACAAUGGCGAAAGAGAAAGAAAAGGAGAAGAGCAUGUUUGUCGGUGUUGUAUGGAACUGCGCCGCAGAGCUCAAACUCAUGCUCACUGCUCUCCUCUUCCUAUCUUCUCUAGCCGUUCUUCUUCAGUUCAUCCCUUCUCGCUUCUCUUCUCUCUCUGCGUCUGAUCUACGCUUCUGUCUCUCCAGACUUUCCACUCUCGCCCCUCCACCUUCUUCUUCUAAUACUACUAACUCUGCGUCGGUUCCUCUUCCGCCGCCGACUCUUCCACUACCACUACCGCCACCUUCAGUAAAGCAAGAUGAGGUCAUCGAUGGAGGAAUCAUCAAGAGAGCUUUCAACCCAUAUGGAGCUGCUGCUUACUCCUUCAUCCAGAUGGGUACUUACAGGGGUGGGCUCAACACCUUCGCCGUCAUCGGCCUCGCAUCCAAGCCCCUCCAUGUCUACGGUAAGCCUCGGUACGAAUGCCGAUGGGUACCUGAGCAAUCCGAUAACAAAACCAUUUCAACAGUCGGUUACCAGGUCCUCCCUGAUUGGGGCUACGGUCGCGUAUAUACCGUCGUAGUUGUCAACUGUACCUUCUCUGCGCCCGUCGGCACCGACGGCUCCGGCGGACGUUUGGUUCUGCUUGCUUCCACCAACGGUGGCGGCGAUAGAGACGUCAAUGCGACUGAUGAAAUCGAAGCACUGAGAGAAGCUCCUGGUAGCUUGAACACCUCCAUCUUCACAUCUCCACCUCCCUACGAUUAUCUCUAUUGCGGGUCGUCUUUGUACGGCAAUCUGAGUCCACAAAGGACGAGGGAGUGGAUCGCCUACCAUGUGAAACUGUUUGGAAAAAAAUCCCAUUUCGUCAUUCACGACGCUGGAGGGGUUCAUCCUGGUGUUUUAGAGGUUUUGAAGCCAUGGAUUGAAAAAGGGUAUGUGACAUUGCAGGAUAUCAGGGAACAGGAGAGGUUUGAUGGGUACUAUCACAAUCAAUUUCUGAUUGUGAAUGAUUGCUUGCAUCGUUAUAAGUUCAUGGCCAAGUGGAUGUUCUUCUUUGAUGUCGAUGAGUUUAUCUAUAUGCCGCCUAAAAGCACGAUUAAGUCGGUUCUUGACUCGCUUUCCGAUUAUACACAGUUCACCAUCGAACAGAUGCCAAUGUCGAAUAAGCUCUGUCUCACCGCCGAUUAUGGAAAGACUCUCAGGAAAUGGGGGUUUGAGAAGCUAGUGUACAAGGAUGUGAAGAGGGGAGUGAGGAGGGAUAGGAAAUACGCAGUACAACCACGCAAUGUCUAUGCGACCGGGGUGCACAUGUCGCAGAAUGUGGCCGGGAAAACACAGCACAAAACAGAGGGCAGGAUCAGGUACUUCCAUUAUCAUGGAACCAUUGCCCAGCGCCGUGAGCCAUGCCGGCAACUUGUGAAUGCAACAGAGCUCACAUUCGAGGGAACUCCCUAUGUCCUUGAUGACACCAUGAGACGAGUUGCUGCCUCUAUCAAGAGGUUUGAGCUCAAGACUAUUGGGACUAGAUUACAAAGAACUCCACAGUAGCAGCAGCCAUUCCUAAAACCAGACUUUCUUCAAUUCGUGGAUGUUUUUUUUUUUUUUUCU